CGGUCCCGGACUCUCAUCCCCAUCUCUCUCGAGUCUGUAGCUUGAUUCUAGCUCUCUAAGCCGAUGGGUUGUAAUUAGAUAACAGGCCUUCCACCUUCGUAGCUCGCUCUUCCAACGUGUAUCAUGGCCGCCAGCCAGCCAGUGCGCGUCAUUGUACGCCUUCCGUACCACCGUCCCGAGGACCCGCCACCCGACCCUCCUCGGGUAGAAUGGACGCCAGAGAAGGAGCACAUGCUCUGGGAGGUCGUCGACAAGUCGACCGCAACCCAGGGUGCAACCACAGACUGGGAGGGCCUCGCCGCACACCUCCAGGUGCCCAUCCCGUACCUCAUCCACCGCACCCGCACCCGCUUCGAAGAGGGCCUCCGCGGCCUGCAAGGCAUCCGCACGGUCUCGACGCCCUCCGCGCCCUUCUCGCCCGCCACCCAACACCCGCCCGCCGCGAACGCCAACGAGUACUUCCCGCGCCUCCCCGAGGUCGCCUCGCGCCGGCUCUCCACCUCCGGGAACGCCGCGCGCCCACUCGGCGUCCGCGCGCGCCUCAGCUCGCUCGGCAGCCUGCGCGCGCGGCGCGGGUCGCUCGUGCGCAACACGAGCCAGCGGUUCUCCCUCGUCGGGCAGGCGACCAUGCAUGGGCAGGCGAACGGGAACGGGAACGCGCAGGCGUCGGGGAGCGGCGCGGCGCAGACGAGGACGUCGAAGAAGGUGUCGUCGUCUUCGACGCUCACGCUGCAGGGCCUGCGGAGGAGCCGCGGGAGCCUGCAUCGCCCGCUGUCGCCGACGUCGUCGCAUGCUGCGUCGGAGGCGGAGGCGGACGGGAUGGGCGACGACGAGGAGAGUGACGGGAGCGACGAGGACGAGGCGGUGCGGAAGGAGGAGGAGGAUGAGCGCGAGGCCGAGGCGAAGGAGCUCGAGCGCAAGCUGGAGAAGUUGCAGAAGAUGAUGACGACCGACGCGCUUGGGCUGGUGUCCUCGCCUGCGACACUCAGGGAGAGGGACAAGGGCAAGCAAGUCGCGGACCGAGGGCGGACGCGUCCGCUGUCGUCGUCGAUGGCGUCGCUCUCGAGUGCGCAGCAUAGCGCGUCGCGGAGCCAGCAGAGCUUGUCGAGUCUUAGUUCGCGUGGCUCACCACAAGGGUCUAUUCCGUCCAUCCCCUCGUCCCCACCUCGCGCGGAGCCGCAGGCACGGAGAUAUUCGUAUGCGGACACACGCGUGCCGUACUCGCGGAGGUACGAGGAGUCACUCUCGCCCACGUCCCCGUCGCCUCGCGUGGCAUCCCCCAUUCCGAGGCACCUCAGCCCACCGGGACAGUCACACAGCCCACCCGCGUUAUCGCCGAACCGGGCUGUAGGGCAGACAUAUGUGGGUAGGACACCGCCCCGGAGCAACGGAGGUCAGGGUUGGCGGAUGGACGUAGGAACUCCGGCGAACGGGGGCAGAGUGAGCUCGCAAGGAAGCGAGGCGUCGAGCUUCAGCGACCUGAGCGAUGCUAGUUUGUCGGCGUCUGCGCUCGAGAGUGCUCUGGCAUCGAACAUACGGGGCAAUGGCUCACGACUGUGAGUGGACCACCGGCCUAUACUUCACGAAUUGUAUU